AUGGCGGGGAAUGAGGGUGUUUAUGAGUUUGCAAAGAACUUGGCUCACGAGCAUGCGCAGGUGAUACCAGUCUCGGUCUUUGUGGCGGUUCUCUGUCUUUGUUUGGUCGCCGGCCAUUUGCUUGAAGAAAAUCGAUGGGUCAACGAAUCCAUUACUGCCAUUUGCAUCGGAUGCAUAGCUGGAACAAUAAUCUUGCUUGUGAGCAAGGGCAAAAGUUCCCACAUUCUGAGAUUUAAUGAAGAGUUGUUCUUUAUAUAUCUCUUGCCACCUAUAAUAUUCAAUGCUGGAUUUCAGGUCAAGAAGAAACAGUUUUUUCGGAACUUCUUAACCAUCUUAAUGUUUGGCGUGAUUGGUGUUUUCAUUUCAACCUCCAUCAUAGCAGUUGGCUCCUGGUUGCUGUUUCCUAAGUUGGGCUUUGUUGGCCUGAAUGCACGAGACUAUCUCGCUGUAGGAACAAUUUUUUCAUCAACUGAUACAGUGUGUACACUGCAGGUUCUUCAUCAAGAUGAAACUCCUUUACUAUACAGCCUAGUCUUUGGGGAAGGAGUGGUGAAUGAUGCAACAUCAGUUGUCCUGUUCAAUGCAAUUCAAAGAUUGAUGUUACUAGGCUUAGUGGCGCGAGUGGACUGCGUGUUGUUGGAGAUUUUCUGUACCUAUUCUUCACAAGCACUGCCCUUGGAAUUGCACAUUUGUGAUAAAGUUUGUUUCUUGUUUUAUUUUCAGUUUGGACUUUUGGCAGCAUAUGCCCUUAAAACCUUAUGCUUUGGAAGGCAUUCGAGCAUCCGUGAGAUUUCCUUAAUGGUUCUACUGGCUUAUCUGUCUUACAUGGUGGCUGAGCUGUCAGACCUGAGUGGAAUUCUCACCAUUUUCUUUUGCGGGAUUCUCAUGUCACAUUAUGCAUGGCAUAAUGUCACUGAAAGUUCAAGAAUCACAACCAGGAAUGUAUUUGCAAUGAUGUCAUUCAUAGCAGAAACAUUCAUAUUUCUUUAUGUGGGAAUGGAUGCUCUUGACAUUGAGAAGUGGAAGAUAACUACAUUAAGCGUUGGGGAUUCACUGGGCAUCUAUAGUACAAUACUUGUAUUAAUAUUGCUCGGACGUGCUGCAUUUGUAUUCCCUCUCUUAGCAAUCUCCAAUUACAUGAAUAGACGAGCUACGGGAUCAUCUUCACUUUCAUUCAAACACCAGGUAAUCAUAUGGUGGGCUGGGCUAAUCAGAGGAGCUGUCUCUAUUGCUUUGGCUUUUAAACAGUUCACACAUUCUGGUGUCACAUGGGAUCCAGUCAAUGCUACGAUGAUUACUAACACCAUAAUCGUUGUCCUCUUCAGUACACUGGUGUUUGGCUUUCUGACAAAGCCGCUUAUAAAUUAUCUGCUUCCUCACGCUGGAACUAGCGCCCUUAACCAUAAAGAAUCAAAGGACAUAUCAGAGGACAUGAACCUGCCUUUGCUCUCCUUCGACGAAUCUGCUGAGACCAAUAUCAGUCGUGCAAAGGAUAAUUUGUCCAUGUUGAUGGAGAGACCUGUACACACCAUACAUUUUUACUGGAGGAGAUUUGAUGAUGCCUACAUGAGACCAAUAUUUGGAGGGCCACUUGCCAAUCAGUCUGCUGCUUGA